AAUAUUAAUUAUUAAAUUUCAUUUACUUUAAAGUUUUAUAAAACUUAUACUUAAUUUUUACACGACUCAGCUAAAAUUUCAUUGAUCUUAAUAACUAAUAAAGAUCGUUGGAUCAUUUUUGCAAAUUGUUACUUAAUUUUGAAGCAUUGAAUUCAUUAAGGCAAUAAUUAAAAUGAUUCCUAAUUCAAAUCCUAACAUGUUCAAUGAUACUAAUCUAAUUAGAAAAUACACUAGGCAAAUGAAGCAGAUGAUGAACUCUAUUUUUGACGAUGAUAAUUAUGAUAGUUCUAGUUCAAUAAUGUCUGUUUUGAAUAAUCCAAUGACAAUGAUGAAUACUGGUCAAGGCCAAUCAUUUAUAAGUACUACAUAUAUGUCUUACUCUUCAAACGGAUCUAACGGACAACCACAAGUUUACAAAGCAGCUAAAUCAAUACGUACGGGUCCAGGAGGUGUAAGAGAAAUGAAAAAAUCAGUUUGUGAUUCAAAAACUGGUGUUAAAAAGCUGGCAAUUGAACACCAUAUUGGAAAUAGGGGACACAUUGUUGAACGUCAACAAAAUGUAUUUUCUGGCGUAAAAGAAGAAAAUCAAGAAUUCAUUAAUUUAAGUGACAAUGAAUCAGAAGAAUUUUAUAAUGAAUGGAAACAAAAAACACAAAAUUGGAAUUGCAAUCAUAGUCGUCGUAAUCACUCAUAUACUGACGAUUUGAAAUCUUUACACUCCCAUCAUGAAAUAUUUCCAUCUACAAGUGAACGUAAUAAUGGAUAUCAGAAGAACUUUCAGAUUAAAAAAUACAAAGAUCGUUCAAAAAACGUAACAAAAAAUUAUAAUUAAGUAAACUAUCAAAUGAAAAAUUGUUCUGCUUUAGUGAAAACAUACACUGUAUAAACGCACUUAAAAAAAAUAUAUUUUUAUACGUCUUUAAAUAAUUUAAUUUUGAAGUUACAACUACUGUAUAUUUUUUGAUAAACUGUUCGAUAACGUUUGGUAAUUUUUUAAAUAAUCAUGAAUUGAAAGAGACAAAAUCUCUUUUGACUAAUUAUUCUA